AUGACUGUCAUCAUGGAGCCACUGAUGCCCCCAAUGAAACACGAAAGGUCAGAAAACCUGGGGCCGCCGUCUUCCGGCAAGAGGCGCCGUCACGACUUCAAUCGGCCAUCUACCCCUGCCCGCGGGACCACCGACUGGGGGAUCGACCUGAACGUCACUUGGACGAUCUGGCUUGAAUCGCCUAGACCGACCGAGGAUACCUACCCUUCCUACUGGGCCGGUCAGAUGACCUACUGGGAAGGCCACUACGGUCCCCGCCCCGAGGCCCCCAUCCAAAUCCAAGGCCACCCGACCAAUCAGACUUGGAUCCAAUUCAAGCAAUGA